GCCUGCGCAGAGCAUAGGGCCACGUCGCUUUUGCGGCACCGGAGAGCACGAGCCUCAUCCAUGGCUUCCGCGGAUUCCCGGCGGAUGGGAGACACCGGCGGUGCCGGGGGCACCUUCCAGCCCUACCUAGACUCCUUGAGGCAGGAGCUGCAGCAGAGGGACCCAACGUUGUUGUCAGUACUGGUGUCGCUCCUCGUAGUUCUGCUGACGCUGGUGCUCUGGAAGUUUAUCUGGAGCAGAAAGAGCAGUCAGAGAGCUGUUCUCCUUGUUGGUCUUUGUGAUUCCGGGAAGACAUUGCUGUUUGUCAGGUUGUUAACAGGCCAUUACAGAGACACUCAGACUUCUAUUACUGACAGCUCUGCUGUAUACAGAGUCAACAAUAACAGGGGCAACAGCUUGACCUUGAUUGACCUCCCUGGACAUGAGAGCUUAAGGCUUCAGUUCUUGGAGCGGUUUAAGUCUUCAGCCAGGGCUGUUGUGUUUGUUGUGGACAGCGCAGCAUUCCAGCGAGAGGUGAAGGAUGUGGCCGAGUUUCUGUAUCAAGUCCUCAUUGAUAGUAUGAGUCUGAAGAACACACCAUCAUUCUUGAUAGCCUGCAACAAGCAAGAUAUUGCAAUGGCAAAAUCAGCAAAAUUAAUUCAGCAACAGCUUGAGAAAGAACUCAACACUUUACGAGUUACGCGUUCCGCUGCCCCCAGCACACUGGAUAAUUCCAGCACCGUCCCUGUUCAGCUGGGAAAGAAAGGCAAAGAGUUUGAAUUCUCACAGUUGCCCCUCAAAGUGGAGUUCCUUGAGUGCAGUGCCAAGGGCGGAAGAGGAGACACUGGCUCUGCUGACAUCCAGGACUUGGAGAAAUGGCUGGCGAAAAUCGCCUGAGCAUAUAUCUGAAGCACAGCCAUGGUUGUCUGCGGGUGACUGGCAGUUUUGGAGAAAGGGUAGUCUGGCGUUGAUAAAGAAGGGGCACAAGAUGUGGCUAGAAACAUUUCUUUAUUUUGGAAACAAAUUACUGUUGGCACCAGCUUAGAUUUUUUUGUUUAAAUUUAGUUCUCCCGUAUUUCUCCCGUUCAAAGGAGUCACCUCUGUUUGGCUCAUCUUCCUUCUGUUAAGGUGUGUGUAACUUCCCUUUAGUGUGUUCUUGAUUUAGGAUUGAGGUCUAUGUGACAUCACAGUUCACAUAGAGAGGACAUUAUCAUGAGACUCUGGUUAUCUGAAAACUCUUAUCCUCUGCCUCUAUGCUUUGGUUCCUUUUGUUGGAAACAGACCUGCCUGUGUAUGAAACUAGCUGAUUUCCAGUCACCUCUGACAUUCAUGGACUGCACACUGUCUAGUCCUCUGUGAGUUCCCAGCUUUGCAGAUGCAGUUGUGGUCAUUGCCCCACAUGAAGACUGCAAGGCUGAGUAGGCAGUGGGUAUGUUCUCUGUCAGCUCAGUGACUUGUCAUACUCCAGCCUCAGCAUUUUGGUUUUAAAAUCUCAUCAGUUUUUCCCAGAGGAUAGAGUCGUAGAUGCCAAAUCUGUAAAUGCCAAGGGUCUCACGUGUUCUAGUGGUCAUACUAGAGAUUACAGGAAGACUUAAACACUGCUCUGCUUUCUUGAUGGCCGAGGGUUCCUGGGCUUUGUUCAUGUGCUGCUCAGGUUAUUCCUGUUUUGUACUCUUAGCUAGAAUGUUGUGGAACAAAUACAAGUGAAAAGUUUUCUGUAGAUUUUUGAAGUGCAUAUUCGUUCAUGCUUUAAAAAAAGAUUGCCUUUUCAAAGUGA